AUGGCCCUCACUGAAGCGCAACUUCGCACUUUGGCUACUGUCGAACGUGUCGCUUCGAUUCUCUCCAUCUUGGGAGUCGUCACGAUCAUCGGCACAUUCGCCUUUUCGCGGCAUUUUCGCAAUCCAAUGCACCGACUGAUCUUUAUCAAUGCAUUUUAUAACUUGUUUGACUUUAUUGCAACGAUGAUCGCGACAAGUGGGCCCGCCGCAGGCAACAGCUCGCCCUUGUGUCAGUUUCAGGGCUUUUGUCUCCAGAUGUUUCCUAUGGCAGAUGUCCUUUGGACACUGGCGAUGGCCUGCGACGUUUUCCUGGUCGUCUACUAUCAAUUCGACGUGCGGGCCUUGCGCAAGCUUGAGACAUGGUAUAUUGCUAUCAUCACAUCCAUUGUAGCUAUUCCAGCGAUCGUCUUUUUAUUCAUCCAUACACCGGAGAAAGGACCCAUGUAUGGUAGCGUAACUCUCUGGUGUUCGAUAUCUCCCAAUUGGGUUGUCUUCCGAGUCGUGUUCUACUACGGACCGAUAUGGUUCCUCAUCCUGAGCGUGUUACUUUUCUACAUCCUCGUCGGCAUCAAAGUAAUCAAACUGCGGCACCAGUUCAAUCUCUCCCGUACAGACCACAUCGCUCUUUCUUCCAACAUUUCCAGCACGAAUCAGGCCUUUGACCAGCCCCAAAACUCCGUCGCUGUUACCGUCCAAAUUGACAUCCAAUCCCAGCCCGCCGCCCAUGUUUAUCCUUCCCCGUGCGAGCAAAAGCCCCAAUCAUCGCGCAACGUCACCCCAGAGCAGAAACGAUCCAAGCAUUCCAACGUAUCCUUCAGACAAUACAUCCUCAUGCCAAUGGUCUUUUUUCUUGUCCUGCUGGCCACAUGGGUUGCGCCUACAAUCAAUCGGUUAUCCGCCCUCGUAAACCCGAACCAUGUUUCCUAUCCGUUGCUGCUGGCUGUCGGAGCAAUGGGAUCGCUGCGGGGGUUUUGGAACGGGGUGGUGUUUAUCACACUUGGGAUGAAGGGCUGGAAGAGAGAGAUGAAGCUGAGGUUGGUGGAAACUUGACCCUUGUCGCGCCUAUGGCAGGGCAGGCGGCUUUAAUGUACUUACUCUGAAUUCAUACUGUAUAUAUCGUAUAAAUAGUCCCAACCACAAACAUAAUAAGCAGAUUCCCACUUACCGGCUGAGUUAAAACAUGAUGUGCAGUUGGGACGUCUUUACUGCAACUAAUCACGGAGGAAUAUACUUAAUUCUAGAGGUUCCCACGAGUUGGAGCGCCGUGAUAGCUGGUGAUGCGGAGGCAGAUCAACUCAACCAACCAGUCAAAGUAUGUUUGAGACCGAAUUUAAGCGGCAUUUCUGGUUAUUCCUAAAUCUUUGGUUAUUCAAGGCAGGAACUGAAAAAGAGCAG